AUGCCAUGUUUGUCACCAAGGCCCCUCCUUUUCUUCGGCCUUGCCCUCUCCUCAUCUGCUCUCAGCGCACACCACAUUAAUGGGUGCAAUGCUCUUCACCACCACCCCAUUGCUGCCCAUAUGCUCACCGCUGAGCCUGAACCCAUUGCACAGCUAGAGAGCGUCGUUGUCAAGUCGAAGCACAAGCGCAACCUGAACAAGCGCUGUGCUGUAUCUGGCAAUGUGCCCUUAGCUGCAUCUCAGCCAUUUCAUCGCACACUGUCUGCUCCAGUCGCAGAUCCCACUGGUGUUCGGCUUUCUGUUCUGAGAAUAUCUUGGGCAUCGAGCUGCCUUGAAGUCCCUAGAGCCUGGAGAAAGCACUUCCAGUGA